AGGAGGUGGAAAGCCCAGGUGAAGGCAAUGCAGGCAGAGGACUGGCCUGUGGUUUGGCCAGCAGAACCAGAAGCACAGCCCGGGACUCUGGUGAGUGCACUCGGUGGCACACGUCUAUCUGACUCAUGCAUCCACGGGACUUGGGGGGUGGUGAGUGUGACGCUGAGUAUCAGGGCUGCCCACAAACUUAAAAAGAAAGGCCUGGAAACCCAACGGUGGGACACAACCUACAAGUCAGUGUGAAAGCAAACCCCAUGUGGAGCUAUUCUAGAACAUGUUCAGCGAGAGGGGACUUCAGACUGAGCUGGGUCACAAGUGACCAGAUGUGGGUGACUGUCCGGGUCUCUAUCCUGGGGCACUUCCCGAGCCACAGUGGGAUGGAGCCUGGAGGUCUAGCAUCUUCAGGAGCCAGGUGCCUGCUUGGGAGGGGAUUAUAGGCCUUCCCUGAGCUGGGCUAACUGCAGGACCCAUCCAGUUCUGGUCUUGUGCUGAAGUGACUGAGCCUUGGUUUCAUAGAGGACAAGGUUGACCUUGGUGUAUGUCCCCUGGGCCAUAGCCUCUGGGUCCUGAUGACCCCUCACCGCCCCGGUAGCCCAGAGAUAUGUGGGAUCUACUUCCAACAGCCAUCUAAUGCUGAGGCUUCUCUGUGCUCUGUCCCAUGGGAAACCAAUAGGUUCUAAGAGCCCGUUUUCCAGCCUGGCUCAGGCCAGGCUGAAUCCUGCUGGCCUGGGAACAGCACAGCACAGGCACCCUAGUGAGUGCUCAGCAAAUAUUUGCUCAUGGAAUCCCCAUUCCCUACACUGCUGACCGCCUGAUCUGACUGCUUCUGGGAUCCUUGCUCACCUGCCUUCACCCUCUGCACCUGUCCUCACUUCCUGAUAAGGCAUCUCUGUGCGUGUUCUGGCCAUGGGACUACCAUCCACCAUUCACCUGUCGCCAUCCCCUCCAGGCCCAUGUCUCCAGGACCCCACCUCCUAUGACUCUCACUUGCUGGCUGGCCCCCUGGGAAGGGCUUUUAAUGGAGGUAGAAAGCCCACAUGAGAACCUAACUGGGGGAGAACUUGGAAAGCCAGCCAGGCCAGCCAGCCGCCUGGAACACCCUUCCCUGCAUUUAUCUCUAUAUACGCAUAUGUAACAUAUGUAAUCUGAUAUGCGCAUCUCUACAUACGCAUAGACGAAUCGAAUCUAUCUAUGAGGCAUCUUUGCAGGAGUGUACAGAGGUGUGUUCAGACACUGGCUUGCUGGACUGUUGCCAACUGUCCUAUCUACUUUCCUCCACGUCAGCAUGCCUUGGCUUACACAGUCCCGGGGUUGCCCCGAGAGGCACAGAGGCAUCCGAGUGGAGGCAGGACAGCCUUUUAGGAUCGUGCCAGGCUUGCAACUUCAUAGGAGGAGUGGAGCCACAUGGCUGCUGAGGUCCCUUUCAUUCCACGUAAUCUGAGUGCAGACCACGGUGCUUUGUAACCCAGACGUGGUUAAGUGGUGUUGAUGCAUUCUGUGGGACAAUGUGGCAUCAGUGCUCAUUAGGACGGUGUCUGGUUGGAAGUCCUGCCGCAUAACUUACCGAUGUGCUCCUGGGGGUACCUGCCAACAUUUCUGUGCCUCAGUUUCCUCCCCUGUGAAUGAGGAUAACAAUAAUACUCUGAAGGGUUGUACAAGAGGGAAGGAGGGAGUGCGUAGGAGGUUCUGGCAUAGUACUCUACGGCACGUGCUCGGUCAGUGUUGGCUAUUGUCCUUAAAGCUGGCAUUAUGGUUCUUGUUUCAGACCUGGGUCCUCAGAUGGGCCCUCUGGCUCUAUGGGGUCAGUGUCAACCAUCCCUAAGCUCCCACCCUUGCUCCUGCCCUAAAAUUCCCCUGUUGGAGGGAGGAGGUGCUCUUGCCUGGAAGUUCCUUCCGACAGGCUGCUCAGCUGGAUGGUAGGGCCGCCCGGGGCCCGGACGGACUCCACACCGUCAGUCUCAGUGGGGUGCCUCCAGCCGGGCCCCUGGAAGGCACCGUCCACCCCAAAUUCUGAGGGGUUGUUCUCCUGGCCCAUCCAGUGAGCAUCUCCUUUAUUCCCUAAACUAACCAGAGUCUGAAAUCCAGGUUUGUGUCGCCAGCCCACUGGCCGUGGUCGCAGCCCGCUCUCUACUUGGACUUGACCACUGGAGCAGUCCAGGCAGACUUUCUGCUUCUACUCCCUCAACCACCCUCCCUGCUCCAUGAAAGGGCCAGGCUGAUGUGUCAGCUGGGCUUCUGCUGUGAGUCUCUUGUAAGGCAGCUUGUCACAGGCUGUCCUGUGCACCCCGGAGUGCCACGUGGGGUCUCAUCUCCGCACUGAGAGUAGGGGGAGGAUUCUCCCCACUCCACCGCGGCAGCCCACCCUGGGUGUUGGAGGGAAGCCCCGAAAUGAACUUGGCAGGGCUCAUCAGGUUCAACCCUGUCAUUCCAGAGAUGGGGAAACUGAGGUCAGAGGGAGGAAGCAUCCCAUAUUUCAAGCAUGCUGGCAGAGAAGGAUGUGUCCCCUUACUUCACCCCUGGAGAAAAGUCACUAUAGAAUAGUCUGAAUGGUUCAUCAGUUUUGCCUUCUUAUAUGAGGCUUUUCUUUUAUUGAGAGGGCAGAAUCUCCAUGCAGCACUCUUUCUGGAAAGAACAAUUUACUUAACAGAUUUCGCCUUUAAUAGGAGGGGGAACUUGGCAGUCCCCCAUUGCCGCUCCUGGGACUUGGGGAGGAAGGACUUGGAGAAGCCUCACCUCCCUGGGGAGGGCCCACGGGAAGACGAGUGUAAGUAGGGGGAUGAAAGGAGUGGGCUCCUGGGCCCCCAGGAGAGGAAGGAUGGGGCCUCUGGCUGUCUCUGAACCUCUAGCCCACCGCUGACCUCGUAAAGCUGGAACCUGUGAGAAACUGAACUGUGAGAAGUUGAGGUGCUGACUCAGUCAGAAUUAGAUACUAUUUGCAUAUUAUUUCUGGGGUCCUUGGGCUAUGUGUGGUUUGACGCUAAUAAGAGCAGCCCUUAUUUCUGACCCACACCUCCUGUAUCUCUCCUUGGACUGACCCUAAUGCUUGAGCUUCACUGCCGGUCAAAUUUGGAACAAUCAUCUCACUAGAUUUCUCAUAUUAGCAUCAGGAACUCAAAGAUGAAGCCAGCCUAUAGCUCCUUGGAAGGCCAGGACAGUGGCUUGCCAGUAGGUGGGUGUUUGGAGGGCAUCAGCCACAGACCAGGCCAUUAGUCUCCCACUUGGGAUGGAGAACCGCACCCUCCCUUCCCCCAAACUAGGCCCAUCUUGCUGUGUCUGCUUACAUGACCUAUUUUCUGGCCACAGCUAGUAUUACCUGUUCUAAACAUCUGGAAUUACCUGCCUGCUUAGUCACCUUCCCUCUGGCUUCAAACAGCUGUUGGGCCCCACCCCCUCUCCACCUCUUAUCCAUCUAGGGUCCCUCCCUCCCCUUUUUCUUCCUGGAAGGAUCUGGAGGUACCAGAUCCACAAGUUCUGAUGUCUUUAAAAGGAUCAGCCUGGGCAAUAAGGCUCAUUUGAGAGCUGUGACAUUCACCUUGACUCUAGUGAAAGUCCAACAGCCCAUCCCCUUUUGGCUUCCAACUGGGCAUCAUGAGGGCCUGUGUGCCCCUGAUAGUGGCCAUACUCUUCAGCCUGGCCUGGGCUGGAAAAUUAGAGUCCUGUGCAUCUCGCUGUGAUGAGAAAUUUCACCGGGACGCUGCCUGCCAGUGUGACCGCCAGUGUCCCCGGCAUGGGGACUGCUGUGAAGACUAUGAGCACGUGUGUACUGGAGAAGAGGGCCCCGAAGAGCCAGAGCCAUUCCUGGAGCUGGAGGAAGAGCCGGUGGAGGCCCCAGCUGGCCACCUGUACUCGGCACCCAGCUCCUGCCGGGACCGCUGCCACGAGGCCUUCGACUGGCACCAACCAUGCCACUGCGAUGCCCGCUGCCCAGAGUUUGGGAACUGCUGCACGGAUUUCGAGAGCCUUUGUGGCCACGAGGGCUUCUCCUACAGCAGUGAUGCUAUAACCAAGGAGGAGCUACAGAGCAUCUCUGAGAAGAUCUACAGGGCGGAUGUCAACAAAGCCCAGAAGGCAGACAUCAUUCUCAACAGCCAAAACCGCAUUUCGCCCUCAGAGACCAGAGACCAAGUGGACCGCUGCCCAGAGCCGCUCUUCACCUACGUCAACGAGAAGCUGUUCUCCAAGCCCACCUACUUGGCCUUCAUUAACCUCCUCAACAACUACCAGCGGGCCACGGGUCGUGGGGAGCACUUCAGUGCCCAGCAGCUGGCUGAGCAGGACGCCUUCCUCAGAGAGGUCAUGAGGACGGCGGUCAUGAAAGAACUCUAUGGCUUCCUCCGUCACCAGAACCGCUACGGCUCCGAACAAGAGUUUGUCGAUGACUUGAAGAACAUGUGGUUUGGGCUCUAUUCAAGAGGCAAUGAAGAGGAGGACUCGAGUGGCUUUGAACACGUUUUCUCAGGUGAAAUCAAAAAAGGCAAGGUCACUGGCUUCCAUAACUGGAUCCGCUUCUAUAUGCAGGAGAAGGAGGGCCUGGUUGACUAUUACAGUCACAUCUACGACGGCCCGUGGGAGUCUUACCCUGACGUGUUAGCCAUGCAGUUCAACUGGGACGGCUACUACAAGGAGGUGGGCUCAGCUUUCAUCGGCAGCAGCCCUGAAUUUGAGUUUGCGCUCUAUUCCCUGUGCUUCAUUGCAAGGCCAGGCAAAGUAUGCCAGUUAAGCCUGGGUGGCUAUCCCUUGGCCAUCCAGACCUAUCCCUGGGACAAGUCCACCUAUGGAAAUGGCAAGAAAUACAUCGCCACGGCCUAUGUGGUAUCUUCUACUCGAUAGAGCUUGGAGCCCUAUGGGGCAUGAGAGCAGUGAGAGUUUCUGCAGGAUGCAGGGGCUAUCUGCUCUGGGCUGCAGGAGGCUAGAGGAGACUGAGAGGGAUUCCCAAGUCUAGAAAUGCCCUUAUGGUUAACAGAGAAAAGUACAAAUAAGAAAAAUGGAGAGGAACAGUAAAAUCUUUGUGCUCCAGCAUUUUGGAAAGGGAGUCCAGACAGAGAAGAUGGGAGCCCCCUGUGGCCCUUGGCCCUGAUGGGAGGUAAAACCAUAGACAAUUCCUUGACCUCUCUAGGCCUCAUGUUUCUUUUGACUGUAAAGGGAAGGGGUUUGCCCCCUUUCUUCUUUUUGGAGUUGGUGAGAGGGCAAACCUGAUAUCAUUACUGUGAAGGUGUUCUCAAUUGUUCUUAAAAAGAACAGCAGAUAAGAAUUCAAGGUCACUAUAAUGGCUGUUAUCAUACACAGCUUUGCAAACUGCAAUUCAGCCCUAUGUUGGGGCCUCAAAGAACUCUGACCAUGGAAAUCAAGCAGUGGGUAGUUGGUCUUUUCUUGGGUUAUAGCAUCUCAGGACAGGGUCUGGGAGAACUCUGAUGCUUGAUGGAGAGGAGAGUGGGUUGAUGCAGUGAGUGAGCUUGGGAGGGAGUGAACUUCUCCAGGCUAGCUCAACAACUGCAUCAAGAAGCUUUCUACUCGUAGAUGCUAGUGUGGGUACAGAGGUAUAUUUCGAUCCCACAUAGUUUGUAAAAGAGUUCCCCAAAUAGGAGGAAGAAAGGAACUUGGAGCUUGGUGACAUUAAAAAUUAUUGUAAGGCUAAUCCAGUAGCCAUAAUUUGCUGGAAUUACUCCAGAUUUAAAGAUCAGGGAGAGGGGAGCUCCCUGUUCCAACCUCAAUUAUGCAUUUCUCCUCCUGUGGCCUUACGGAGAACCAGACACUGUCCCACAGAACUAGGCUUGAACUAUGGUUUACAGGGUUUGAGUCUCCAAUUAAAGUCAUUAAAGAAAAUUGAAA